UUGUCAAACGUCACAAUGCUGAUAGACCCUAACCUCCAAAUCACAAAUGAUCCUGAUUGUCCAACAUAUAUUUCUAAAAAACUUUUAAAAAUAUGACUUUUUUGAAAACAUGGGAGGAAUUCGAGAAAGCCGCGGAAAAACUCUACAUGCAGAACCCUUCCAAGGUGCGAUACUCAAUGAAAUACGCCCACAAAAAGAGUCAACUCGUUUUGAAAAUGACUGACGAUGUUGUGUGCCUUCAAUAUAAAACGGAAAUAGCUCAAGACCUUCGAAAAAUAGAUAAAUUUAUUAAUAAUUUGGUGAGGCAUAUGGUGUCCAAGGAAUCAUAGGAUAAGGACAUAAUCAUAGGAUUAUAUGUUAAGGCUUAAGUUAAACUGGUAUUAAAUAAUUGACCAUUUCCAUUAUUUAUUUUUUGUUGUUGAAGCUGACUGUUUUUUUUUAUAAAUAAUGUAUUUUUUUGAUAAUAAACCCUAUGUUUAGUUAUAA